AUAAAUAACCAAAAAUAUAUAUGUAUUGAUAGAGAGAGAGAAAUUUAUUUUCACACUGUUUUAGUUUCGGCUGAGAGAGUUGUUGUGACCAUUCAUCAUCAACACCAUCAUCCAUCAUAAUUAGUUCACAAUGACACCUCUCUUCAACACUUAAACCAUCCCUUUUUUCUUCCUAUAUUCACCACUUUUGGACCAAACAAAGCCAAAUUCUCUAAGCUUGGCAAAAAAACCCUAACCCCACUAAAAGGUCCCCCUUCUCACCCCAUCAAUCCCUUCCCCCCCCCCCCUUUUUUUUGUGAAAAUGGAGGUAGUCAACACUAAAACCACCCCAUACCCACAAUCUGAGUCUUCAUCAGAGACACACAACCCCAACGAGGCCACGACCAAGUCUUUAACCCUCCUCAAUAGCUGCACAAUCCACCACCAUAUGGUGGUUUCUUACAAAGAGUGCCUCAAAAACCAUGUUGCCAGCUUGGGUGGACAUGCCUUGGAUGGUUGUGGUGAGUUCAUGCCUAGCCCUACUUCUACCCCGACUGACCCUGUCUCUCUCAAAUGUGCUGCCUGUGGUUGCCACCGUAACUUCCACCGUCGUGACCCAUAUGAUGCUCCUCCUGCUUUCAUCCACCGCCUGCCACCCCCACCUACUCAUCAUAGCUCUAGUCCAAGCCCAACCCACACCCCUGGUCUAAGCCCUAGCCCUAGCCCUAGCCCAACCCAUACCCCGCCUUCACCCGUCCCAUACUCUUACUACUCUUCUGCACCCCACAUGCUGCUUGCCUUGAGCACUGGCUACUCAGGGCCAUUGGAUGAGUAUCACCACCAUCCCAGAGUUGGAGUGAUAGAGAAAAACAACAACAACCCAAGUGGGAGAAAGAGGUCAAGGACAAAGUUCAGCAAGGAACAGAAACAAAAGAUGCAUGAUUUUGCUGUGAGGGUUGGUUGGAGGAUGCCAAAGGGUGAAGAAAAGCUAGUCAAAGAGUUUUGCGAUGAAGUUGGGGUCGAUAGAGGGGUCCUCAAGGUCUGGAUGCACAAUAACAAGAACAAUUUUGGCAAGAAAUUAGAGGUACUAGCUGUUGGUAAUCUCAACCCUGAUAGCAACAACAACAACAACAGUGAAGACAAUCCAAAUGGCAAUGCUACAAUCAGCUUUGAUUCCAAUAGUGACACCCCACAACAAUGAGUAACUGUAUCCCACCUUCAUCUUCCUACUAACAAUGCCUCAUCUUCUGCAUCUUGAUUUAGCAAAAAUAUACUGAAAUUUUUUUAUACAAAUAUCAACUUGCUGCUGUUCUUUUUGGUUUAA